CACAUUUCACAUUCAACGUCUAACGUCCAACGUCGACCGAAUUGCGCAAAUCCCCUGGUAUCUUGGCUCUACUCGACCCUUUGAAAGGGCUACAUAGAAGAUGCCUACCAUUUCCGUCGACAAGUAUGACCUCUUUGAGGCUCUAGGUCAAAAAUACACGACCGAGGAGUUUGAAGAGCUUUGCUUCGAAUUUGGAAUUGAAUUAGACGAAGACACCGAGAAUGAUGAUAGACCUAUCGUCGAUGGCGUUCAAGAACCUCCCCAACUUAAGAUCGAAAUCCCCGCCAACAGAUAUGACAUGCUUUGCUUCGAGGGCAUUGCUCUCAUGCUCAACAUCUUCCGGGGAAAACAACCCACACCCAACUUCAGAUUGGCCCAGCCUGCAAGUGGCGAUCUGGAGACCAUCACAGUCCUCGAGGAUACUAUGAAAGUUCGACCGUUAGUUGCUUGCGCCAUUCUACGUAAUAUCAAGUUCACCCAGAAGAGCUAUGACUCCUUCAUUUCAUUACAAGACAAGUUACACCAGAACCUUGCGCGAAAUCGUACUUUAGUCGCCAUCGGAACACACGAUCUAGACACCAUAAAGGGCCCUUUCACAUAUGAGGCGCGUCCGCCGAAGGACAUUAAUUUCGCGCCGCUGAACCAAAGCAAGAGUAUGAAUGGAGAGGAGUUGAUGGCAUUCUAUGAAAAAGACCGACAUCUGGGACGAUACCUACACAUCAUUAAGGAUAAGCCAGUAUACCCCGUCAUCUAUGACUCAAAUAGGGUAGUCUGCUCACUACCGCCUAUCAUCAACGGCGACCAUUCCAAGAUUAAGCUUAGCAGUACGAACAUCUUUAUAGAAUGUACCGCCACAGACAAGACCAAGCUGGACAUCGUCAUCAACAUGAUGGUGACCAUGUUCUCCGUCUACGCCGCCGAACCUUUCACCAUCGAGCCCGUCAAGGUCAUAUCCGAUCACAACGGACAAACCCGAAUAACGCCCAACCUUUCGUCGCGCACCGACACCGUCGAGAUCGAUUACCUGAACGGAUGCCUUGGCCUUUCGGAAUCUCCCGAGAGCAUCAGCAAGCUGCUUUCCAAGAUGGCCCUGAGCGCCCAACCUUCCAGCGAGCACCCGAACAGCGAGAUCGAAGUCACUAUACCCCCAACGCGCGCCGACAUCCUCCAGCGAUGCGACGUUAUGGAAGAUCUGGGCAUCGCCUACGGUUUCAACCGACUGCCCCGCAUGUCCGUAACCAAGACCGUUGGAGCGCCCCUCCAGCUCAACAAGCUCGCGGACAUCGUGCGCCUCGAGUGCGGUAUGGCCGGAUGGUCCGAGGUCAUGCCCCUCAUCUUAUGCAGCCACGACGAGAAUUUCGCAUGGCUGAACCGCAAGGACGAUGGCAAGACCGCGGUGCGCUUAGCCAAUCCCAAGACCGCCGAGUACCAGAUCGUGCGUACUUCCCUAAUCCCCGGCCUACUCAAGACUAUCCGCGAGAACAAGGGUCACAGCGUGCCAAUCCGCGUCUUCGAAACGUCAGACGUCGUUUUCAAGGACCCAACCGUCGAGCGCCGCGCCCGCAAUGAGAGACAUUUCGCCGCGGCAUGGUACGGCAAGGCGUCCGGUUUCGAGGAGGUGCACGGUCUGCUAGACCGCGUCAUGGCCAUGUUGCGCCAGGCCUUCAUCACCCACGAUGAGGGGCUGACCGGAAAAGAGGUCGACUACAAGGUCACGGCUACCCCCCAGAAGCGCGACGGGUACUGGCUCGAGCCUGUCGACGACGAGCCGACUUUCUUCCCCGGUCGCGCGGCGGCUGUGUACGCACGUUUGGACGGGAAAACGGCGAGGAUUGGGGAGUUCGGUAUUCUCCAUCCGACUGUUCUUGAGAAUUUCGAGCUUAAGUACCCUGUUAGUACGUUGGAGAUUAAUCUUGAGGUCUUCUUAUAAGGGGAAGACACGGGUGUGAGGAUGUGGAAAUAGGAUAGCCUAGAGCUCUAUACCUAAGUACAAUUACCAUGGAUGCUAUCGAGGACAAAAAAGAUGAAUGAUCGGAUAGGUGUAGGUAGUGAACCCUAGCUGAAUAGACAGAAGGAACAAGCA